CUCCUUCCCGUCUUCCAGCGUCUCUUGGUGGAGCACUGCAGGGACUCAGCCCGGCUGCAGCCUGCCUUCCCGGGGAAAGCCGUGACCCCCCGCAGGAGCGGCAGGGCGGGUUGGGGGGCCCGGGGGAAGAUGGCGACGCCGGGAAGCGAACCCCAACCUUUUGUCCCUGCCCUCUCGGGGGCUACUCUGCACCCACAUCAUCAUCCCCACCACCACCACCACCAUCACCACCACGGAGGAGCCGGAGCCAGCAGCGGGGCCGGGGGAGGGGGCGGUGGCGGCGGCGGGGGUUUCAACCUGCCCUUGAACCGGGGUUUGGAGCGCGCGCUAGAGGAGGCUGCGAACUCCGGGGGCUUGAACCUCAGCGCCCGGAAAUUGAAAGAAUUUCCAAGGACUGCCGCGCCCGGCCACGACCUCUCGGACACGGUGCAAGCAGAUUUAUCUAAAAACAGGCUGGUUGAAAUUCCAAUGGAAUUGUGCCAUUUUGUGUCACUGGAAAUUCUUAAUCUGUAUCACAAUUGUAUCAGAGUCAUUCCUGAGGCCAUCGUUAAUCUACAGAUGCUGACGUACUUAAAUUUAAGUCGAAAUCAGCUGUCCACCCUGCCAGCCUGCCUGUGUGGUCUGCCUCUCAAAGUCUUAAUUGCAAGUAACAACAAGCUUGUGUCGCUGCCAGAAGAGAUAGGCCAGCUGAAACAGUUAAUGGAAUUGGAUGUCAGCUGCAACGAGAUCACAGCUUUGCCCCAUCAGAUUGGUCAACUGAAGUCCCUCCGAGAACUGAAUGUCAGAAGAAAUUACCUUAAAGUUUUACCACAAGAACUAGUAGAUCUUCCCCUGGUAAAGUUUGACUUUUCCUGCAAUAAAGUGCUCGCGAUUCCAAUUUGUUUUAGAGAGAUGAAGCAGCUGCAGAUACUACUGCUUGAGAAUAAUCCUUUGCAGUCUCCUCCAGCACAGAUUUGCAUGAAGGGCAAAGUGCAUAUAUUCAAGUAUCUGAGCAUACAGGCAUGCCAGAUUAAGACAGCUGACUCCCUUUACCUCCACUCAAUGGAGAGGCCACAUGUCCACCAGCAUGUGGAAGACAGCAAGAAAGAUUCUGACUCAGGCGUUGGGAGUGACAAUGGAGACAAGCGAUUAUCUGCCACGGAGCCUUCUGAUGAAGAUACUGUUAGCCUUAACGUGCCAAUGUCAAAUAUCAUGGAAGAAGAACAGAUCAUCAAGGAGGACUCGUGCCAUCGCCUUAGCCCGGUUCAAGGCAAAUUUCAUCAGGAAUUUCAACCAGAGCCUUCCCUUUUGAGUGACAAUGACAACUCAGGAGAAGAAAGAGACCAAUUUACGGAAGGAGCAGAUGUUCUCAGUUCUGAAUUUAUGAACUAUAUAAAGGGUCGGGCAGAAGACUGUGAGGAACUGUUACGGAUAGAAGAGGAUGCACACUGGCCACCAGAGGGACUAGUAAGUUCAUCCACAACGCAGGACAUGGACAUUGCAAUGAUUGAACAGCUCAGAGAAGCAGUGGGUUUGCUGCAAGAUUCCGACAGGUUGAGUACUGAUGUUACAGAGAGAAGUGUUGUAAACCUUUAUUCCAUGGAAUCAGCGGAAGCCUUAGAAUUACAAGAUAGUGCAUUGAAUGGUCAGAUACAGCUGCAGACGUCUCCUGUGUGUGAGGUGCAGAAUGAUCUAACAUCACAGAGUAAUGGGAGCCAGUAUUCUCCAAAUGAGAUGAGUGAGAAUUCUCCUGCAGUCUCUCCUACUACAAAUAGCACAGCUCCAUUUGGCCUGAAGCCUCGAUCAGUAUUUUUAAGACCUCAGAGGAAUUUGGAAUCUAUAGACCCACAGUUUACAAUUCGGAGGAAAAUGGAACAGAUGAGGGAAGAAAAAGAACUGGUGGAACAACUCCGUGAGAGCAUUGAGAUGAGACUCAAGGUCAGCCUGCAUGAGGACCUCGGGGCAGCACUCAUGGACGGAGUAGUCCUCUGCCAUCUAGUCAACCACAUCCGCCCACGGUCUGUCGCAAGCAUCCAUGUCCCCUCACCAGCAGUUCCCAAACUUAGCAUGGCCAAAUGCAGAAGAAAUGUGGAAAACUUUUUGGAAGCAUGCCGGAAACUAGGAGUCCCAGAGGCUGACCUCUGCUCUCCGUAUGACAUCCUGCAGUUGGAUUUUCGUCACAUUCGAAAGACUGUUGACACUCUGCUGGCACUUGGGGAGAAAGCCCCACAACCAACUUCCGUCCUCCACUCCAGGGACCUUAGAGACUUUUGUCUUGUCCCCCUUCUCUUUGUAGUGCUGCUUUAUCUUACUUACUGCUGGAAUGCUCUGUCCGCCUAA